UUUAUCUUUCUUUUUUUCUUUUUUUUUUUUUCUCUCUCUUUCCUCUCUAUUAUCAUGUCCAAACCUCUUUUGUCAACACAGACUGCACAACAACUAGGUGAAUCCAUUAGUGCUAUCGGAAAUGCAGAUAAUGAUGAAAGAUUUUCUUUUCUACGAAAAUUCAGGGAAGAUCGGUUAUCCAACGUUCGUCCCGUCACUGACUUUUUCGAUAAAAAUCGCAUCAAUUUUACCUCUUCAUUCCCUACCAUCACCAAGCGCUGGAAUUAUAAUUUGAACUACUUCUCUGCCAACUAUAUGCUCAUCAUGGUAGCUUUGUCCAUCUACGCCAUAAUUACAAAUUGGUGGUUACUUUUCACAGUUGCUUUCAUUAUUGGUGGAUUUUAUUUGAUUUCAAGAAUAUCAGGUCCUGGUUUGGAAAUUGGUGGAAAUACUAUUCCUAGCUCAACCUUGUAUGCAACUUAUGCUGGUGGUUCUUUUCUCUUGUUGUUAUUUUCUGGAGCUACUGGUGCUGUCUUUUGGGUACUAGGCGCUGGUGCAUUGCUUAUCCUUGGACAUGCUGCUAUCAUUGAACCUGGUAUUGAAGGUGAUUUUGCUGACGAACAAGUAUAGUAUGUCCUUUCAUCUCUUUCUCUCCCUCUCUUCUUCUUUUUUUUUAAAAAAAAUAAAAGAUAUAUUGUAUCUUCCAAAUCUCUAUCAAUUUAUUUAUCUUUUUUUUUCGAAAUAAACAUAU